CGAAGCUCAUCAUUUAUUGUAUACUGACUAUUUUGAUCAGAUCAUUAGGUUUGUGCGGGUCGAAACGCGAACGGUUUCAUUAUGACACUUCAGUGAACCGAUUUAGGUUGGCUAUGGACCAAGAGCAGACACGUUUCCAUUCCGUCUGUAGUCCUUGAACGGUUCUCGGUUGAACGAAUCUGGAACUAAUCGAUCAGCUAGAGGCAAACUUUUGCAAGACCAGUCGAACGUGAGAUGCUUAAACUAAAACAUCAGAAUGGUAAUAAGUAUAAGUGGUUGCAAGCAAUCAUUAAUUUUUAUCUCAUAUCUUGCUGAUUUUCCCCGAGAAAGCACCUCGUCAUUCUUCUCCGCCAUGCAGGUCUGCGAAAGAAACUCAUUCGCUCAUUUUUAACUUUCAAACUCUCCACAGGCUAGUUAUUCGCCGAAGUGCACUGAGUGCGGUAGAGGAUCGAGGCCCAGCUGAUCUGGGAGCAUUGAAACGAAUCAAGCAACCAACCAACCACCUUCACUUCAUUUAUGAUUCGAACGUCGAGGCGUACAAACGCGAGAUCACCUUCGCGGACGCGUGCACAUGCGGGUUAAACGGUGUAUGCAUAUAGUGUAUGUUUAGUGAUUGCAUAAUUUUCGCGGAUUUUACUCCUAAGGUUGCAGUUCCACGAAUGACUGGCGACUCGUCAACUCGAAUAUCGAUGGAAAACCGGUGUUCUCAGUAAAUUGUUUUUCAAAUUUAACCCCAGCUGGUAAUAUCCCGUUUUGAUGUGCUAGCGAAUUAGUGAUGAGAAGAAGUUGAGUAAUGUGCUCACAAGUGUUCUUUAGGAGAAUGGUGUGUAGUAUCAUUUGAAGGGUUUUCUACUUCCGGGGAUCGUUUCUUCAAGUGUUACAGUUACAAAAGCGGAAACAAUGGUGAUACCAGGAAUUCCCUUCGUGAAACUAGUCCCCUUACUGGGAGGAUCAGCACUGAAAGCUGCACCAGCCGUGACCGCGGUCACGGCAACGGUUGCGGCAGCCAUCAAGACUGCUACUGCCAUCAUUGGCGUGGGGAAACUUGCCAUCGUUCCGAUACUGAUAGCAUCGCUAGCGUACUACAACUAUGACCUGUUUGACCCGGAAAAUCGGCCGUUCAAUAUUAAACAGGUGGACCGUGAGUACGACUUCAUUGUCGUAGGCGCCGGAUCUGCUGGGUCCGUGGUGGCAUCGCGAUUAUCGGAGAUCAAUGAUUGGAAAGUAUUAUUGCUGGAAGCCGGUGGACAUGAAACGGAGAUCUCGGAUGUUCCGAUACUGUCUCUGUAUCUACACAAGAGCAAACUGGAUUGGAAAUACAGAACUCAACCUCAGAAGACGGCAUGUCAGGCCAUGAAGGAGCACCGAUGCUGCUGGACGCGCGGAAAAGUGCUGGGCGGCUCGUCUGUCCUCAAUACAAUGCUGUACGUUCGGGGGAAUAAACGAGACUUCGAUUUAUGGCAAGCUCUCGGAAAUCCCGGAUGGGGUUACGAAGAUAUACUACCGUACUUUAAAAAAUCUGAAGAUCAACGAAAUCCCUAUCUAUCGCGAAACAAACGACAACACGCAACGGGUGGUCUUUUGACAGUGCAGGACUCGCCAUAUUUGACACCGUUAGGAGUUUCAUUUUUGCAAGCCGGAGAGGAGAUGGGCUACGACAUUGUCGACGUAAAUGGUGAGCAGCAAACAGGAUUCGCCUUUUUCCAAUUUACGAUGCGACGGGGAACCAGAUGCAGUGCCUCGAAGGCAUUCCUUAGACCGGUGCGAAAUAGAAAAAAUCUACAUGUUGCAUUGUUCUCUCAUGUUUCGAAAAUUAUCAUGGACCCGGAAAAUAAACGUGCUCUGGGUGUGGAAUUUAUUCGGGACGGAUUGAAGAAGGAAGUAUAUGCAACCCGGGAAGUCAUUCUGUCGGCUGGAGCUAUCGGGACUCCUCAUCUAUUGAUGUUGUCUGGCAUUGGACCGAGAGAAAAUCUGGAACAUGUUGGAAUUCCCGUAAUACACGAGUUGCCAGGAGUUGGUCAGAAUCUGCAAGACCAUAUUGCAGUAGGAGGAUUGGUUUUCCGAGUCGAUCAGCCCAUUUCAGUGAUCAUGAAUCGGCUAGUGAAUUUAAAUUCUGCUAUCCGAUAUGCAGUGACAGAGGAUGGACCACUGACGAGCAACAUUGGACUGGAAGCUGUCGCGUUUAUUAACACGAAAUAUGCUAACCAAUCGGAUGACUGGCCAGAUAUAGAAUUUAUGUUGACGAGCGCCUCCACGCCCUCUGACGGGGGAGAUCAGGUGAAAAAAGCACAUGGUCUGAAGGAUGAAUUUUAUGAGUACAUGUUCAGUGAAAUUAACAAUCAGGACGUAUUCGGUGUGUUUCCAAUGAUGUUACGACCCAAAAGUCGAGGCUUCAUUCGGAUUCAGUCGAAGAAUCCGCUGCGAUAUCCAUUACUGUAUCACAAUUAUCUCACGCAUCCCGACGAUGUGGGUGUGCUACGCGAAGGAGUCAAGGCAGCAAUCGCAUUCGGCGAAACCCAGGCCAUGAAACGUUUCGGUGCCAGAUUUCACAGUAAACAGGUGCCGAAUUGUAAGUACUUGCCAGAAUUUACCGACGAAUAUUGGGACUGUGCCAUUCGUCAGUACACAAUGACAAUUUAUCAUAUGAGUGGAACGGCUAAAAUGGGCCCCCGAGGAGAUCCGUACGCAGUGGUAGAUAGUAAACUUCGUGUGCACGGCAUCAAAGGUUUACGGGUUAUCGAUGCCAGUAUCAUGCCUCGAAUAACUAGCGGAAACAUUAAUGCCCCAGUCAUCAUGAUUGGUGAGAAGGGAGCCGAUAUGAUCAAGGAAUUGUGGUUACAAAGGUCCUCGAACUACAACAGACGGGGGAAGCGGGAACGUGAUCCUCUGGCAAAUGUUACCCAAAUUAGUCUCAAUGAAACUAUCACCGCCAGUACCAAUACUAGUUUAAAGAAUGAAACCACCAUUAGCUAGGAUUAGAAAAAAUCGGGUGUAUGUAUCUCUGAAUUAGUUAAUAGAAUUCAUAACCAGGUUGUAACACACCAAAACAUCAUUGCAAGCGUUAGCUAUCUUCAUGUUUAUCACCUUCAAUUUAGAAACCAUGUAAAUAACUAAUUGAUAGAAUACAUAAACCUGUAUGUUUCUUGUACCUUAAUGUCAUUUUGUAAAUUGCUUAAAUUUUACCGAGUAAUCAUACAUGUUUAUGAUAAUGAAAAUGACUGAGUAUUUAAGUUACUGAAACCGUUGUUACAAUUGUGUAAAAGCUAGCGAAAUGAUUGAACGAGAUGACGUGUGAAAUAAAUUUACGAUAUGUGUUCACUAAAUACGUGCCAUCCAUUGAUAGCAAACUCCGAAAGAUAUCCUCGCCCAUCAACCGUCAAU